CCCCUGUCGUCCUUAACUCCCAGCACCGGGACGGGGAUUCCCUCGCAGGGCUGCUGCGGGAAGGGUGGCCGCGCACACCCGCCCUGUGUCGGUGCGGGUGCCGGUGCCGGUACUAGUACCAGCAGAGGUGCGGUCCCUCCCGGUGCCCCGCCCCGGCGCGCUCCCGCUGCCGCCGCUCCUCCCCGCGGGGCCGCGCAGACCCGCCCGGCGCGGCGGGACCCUCCGUGAGGCGAGGCUGUUCCAUGCCCUUCCCGCCCAGCUCCUGAGCUCGCCGGAUACCCCUCGGCAGCGCCCGGCGCCCGGCAGCCCCCGGCACGGCGGGGCAGAGCACAGCAGCCCCCAGCCCCACAGGGCGGGAGGAGGGGGUCCCCGGGGACACAGAGGGCAGUGUCGGGACAUGGGGUUAUGCUGCCCCGACAGCGUCCCCUGAGCCCCCGCGAGAAGGAGAAGGGCUAAGCCGGGGGGUCCCGGGGCAGCGCCAUGACCCACUCCCCGGUGUCCUCUGAGAUCCACCACAUCGUGUCCUCUGCCUUCCAGAGCCCCGAGCAGGAGGUGCCGGGUGCUGCCUCUGCGGCCUUCGGCCCGGCGGCAGAGGAGGAGGAGGAGCGGGACCUGAACAAGGCUCUGGGCGUGGAGCGGUUCGAGCGGAUCCUGAGUCAGGCCCGGCCCCGCGGGCCCGAAGAGCCUGGGAGAUGCUACGGAGAGGAGGACUUCGAGUACCACCGCCAGUCCUCCCACCACAUCCACCACCCCCUCUCCACUCACCUGCCCCCCGACACCCGCCGCAAGAAGGCUGCAGGGGGUCCCAAGAAGGGGAAGAAGCGGCAGCGCCGCGCCUCGGUCCCGGGCGAGACCCCCACCAUCGAGGAGGCCGAAGAGGAUGAGGAGGAAGCGGGGGACACCGAGACCGAGCGCUCGGCCGAGGAGCUGCGGCAGCCUGAGCCCCCUGUGCAGUUCUUUCUGCAGGAGGAUGAGGUGACCGAGCGCCGGGCCGAGGAGCCCAUACCCCCCCCAGCAGUGCCUGGAGACCCCCCCCAGCCCCGGGGGUCCGCAGCCCCUCAGGAAACACAGGCUGGCAGCCCCGAUGUGGAGCAGGGCCGUCCGGCGGAGGGGGCGUCCCCCACGGUAUCAGGGUCUCCGGGACGCCCCCUCCCCAAGGGGCAGCCGGGGCACCGCAGCUACAACCUGCACGAGCGCCGCCGGAUUGGGUCCAUGACUGGGGCUGAGCAGGACCGGUACCAGAAGGUACCAACUGAUGAGUCAGAGGCCCAGACCCUGGCAUCGGCUGACCUGGACUACAUGAAAAGUCACCGGUUCGAGGAUGUCCCAGGGGUCCGUCGGCACCUGGUUCGGAAGAGUGCCAAGGGGCAGGUGGUCCAUGUCAGCAAGGACCACAAGGAGCCCAGCACCCGGCACCGCAAGCAGGACAGGCAGCCACACGAGGUCUUUGUGGAGCUGAACGAGCUGGUGCUGGACAAGAACCAGGAGCUGCAGUGGAAGGAGACGGCGCGAUGGAUCAAGUUUGAGGAGGACGUGGAGGAGGAGACCGACCGGUGGGGCAAGCCCCACGUGGCCUCCCUGUCCUUCCGCAGCCUCCUGGAGCUCCGCAAGACCCUGGCCCACGGGGCUGUGCUCCUCGACCUGGACCAGAAGACGCUGCCGGGGGUGGCCCAUCAGGUGGUGGAGCAGAUGGUGAUCACCGACCAGAUCCGGGCUGAGGACCGGGCCAACGUCCUGAGGGCACUGCUGCUCAAACACAGCCAUCCCAGUGACGAGAAGGACUUCUCCUUCCCCCGCAACAUCUCAGCUGGCAGCCUGGGCUCCCUCCUGGCCCCCCACCACGGUACCAACCACGUGGCUGAGGGCUCCGAGCUGGCUGUCACCGAGCCCCUCAUCGCUGGCCACACCGCUGAGCUGGAGGCACGGGUGGAGGUGGAGCGGGAGAGGGAUGCCCUGACCCCCCCGCCCCCCGCCGGCAUCAUUCGCUCCAAGUCCAAGCAUGAGCUGAAGCUGCUGGAGAAGAUCCCAGAGAACGCCGAGGCCACUGUGGUGCUUGUGGGCUGUGUGGCAUUCCUGGACCAGCCCACCAUGGCCUUCGUGCGGCUGCAGGAAGCGGUGGAGCUGGACUCGGUGCUGGAGGUCCCCAUCCCCGUGCGGUUCCUCUUUGUCCUGCUGGGGCCCAGCAGCACCCACAUGGACUACCAUGAGAUUGGGCGCUCCAUCUCCACCCUCAUGUCCGACAAGCAAUUCCAUGAAGCUGCCUACCUGGCGGAUGACCGGCAGGACCUCCUGACAGCCAUCAACGAGUUCCUGGACUGCAGCGUGGUCCUGCCGCCCUCCGAGGUGCAGGGCGAGGAGCUGCUGCGCAGCGUCGCCCACUUCCAGCGGGAGAUGCUGAAGAAGCGCGAGGAGCAGGAGCGGCGGCUGCUGCUGGAGCCGAAGUCCCCCGAGGAGAAAGCGCUGCUGAAGCUGAAGGUGGUGGAAGGGGAGGAGGAGGAGGAGGACGACGAUCCCCUGCGGCGCACGGGGCGGCCCUUCGGGGGGUUGGUGCGGGACGCGCGGCGGCGGUACCCGCAGUACCUGAGCGACUUCAGGGACGCCCUCAACCCCCAGUGCAUCGCCGCCGUUAUCUUCAUCUACUUCGCUGCCCUCUCGCCCGCCAUCACCUUCGGGGGGCUGCUGGGGGAGAAGACGCAGGACCUGAUCGGGGUGUCGGAGCUGAUCAUCUCCACCUCGCUGCAGGGCAUCCUCUUCUGCCUGCUGGGCGCCCAACCCCUCCUCGUCAUCGGCUUCUCGGGACCCCUCCUUGUCUUCGAGGAGGCCUUCUUCACCUUCUGCACUUCCAACGAGCUGGAGUACCUGGUGGGGCGCGUCUGGAUCGGCUUCUGGCUCAUCCUCAUUGUGCUGGUCAUGGUGGCCUUCGAGGGCAGCUUCCUGGUGCGCUUUGUCUCCCGCUUCACCCAGGAGAUCUUCGCCUUCCUCAUCUCCCUCAUCUUCAUCUAUGAGACCUUCUCCAAGCUGGCCAAGAUCUUCCAGGAGCAUCCCCUGCAUGGCUGCCUGCGGGCCAAUGGCUCAGCUGAGGUGGAGGCCAGCAUGGCCAACAGCACCAGCAGAGCCAACGGGACGGGCAGCCGUGGCAGCAGCAAGGUGACGGGGCAGCCCAACACGGCGCUGCUCUCGCUGGUGCUGAUGGCCGGCACCUUCUUCAUCGCCUUCUUCCUGCGCAAGUUCAAGAACAGCCGCUUCUUCCCGGGACGGAUCCGUCGGCUGAUCGGGGACUUCGGGGUGCCCAUUGCCAUCCUGGUGAUGGUGCUGGUGGACUAUGGCAUCCAGGACACCUACACACAGAAGCUGAGCGUGCCCAGUGGGUUCUCAGUGACGGCCCCGGAGAAGCGGGGAUGGGUGAUCAACCCCCUGGGUGAGCAGAGCCCCUUCCCCGUCUGGAUGAUGGUGGCCAGCGGCCUGCCCGCCAUCCUCGUCUUCAUCCUCAUCUUCAUGGAGACACAGAUCACCACGCUGAUCAUCAGCAAGAAGGAGCGGAUGCUGCGGAAGGGCUCGGGGUUCCACCUGGACCUGCUGCUGAUCGUGGCCAUGGGCGGCUUCUUCGCACUCUUCGGGCUGCCCUGGUUGGCGGCCGCCACCGUCCGCUCCGUCACCCACGCCAACGCCCUGACUGUCAUGAGCAAGGCCGUGGCCCCUGGGGACAAGCCCAAGGUCCAGGAAGUGAAGGAGCAGCGGGUCACUGGGCUGCUGGUGGCCUUGCUGGUUGGGCUGUCCAUCGUCAUCGGGGACCUGCUGCGGCAGAUCCCGCUGGCCGUGCUCUUCGGGAUCUUCCUCUACAUGGGGGUCACCUCCCUCAAUGGCAUCCAGUUCUAUGAGCGCCUGCAGCUGCUGCUGAUGCCCCCCAAGCACCACCCUGACGUCUCCUAUGUCAAAAAGGUGCGGACCCUACGGAUGCACCUCUUCACCGGGCUGCAGCUGGGCUGCCUGGCCGUGCUCUGGGCCGUCAUGUCCACCGUGGCCUCCCUGGCCUUCCCCUUCAUCCUCAUCCUCACCGUCCCUCUCCGCAUGUGCCUGCUCAGCCGCCUCUUCACCGACCGAGAGAUGAAGUGUUUGGAUGCGGCUGAGGCCGAGCCCAUCCUGGACGAGCGGGAAGGGGUGGAUGAGUACAACGAGAUGCCGAUGCCGGUGUGAGCAUGGACCCCCGGCUGCGCCCCUCCUCACAACCCUCCUGUCUUUUUGGGGGGAGGAACACCUGCCAAAGAGUCGCCGGCUGCAGCCCGGCCCCCUCCCCGGGGACCCCCGCGCCCCUUUGCACGGUACAGGGCCGGGCUGUGCCUUCGGUCCCCCCCACACCAUGGGGCAGAGCCCCCCCUGGUCAACCCCAACGGAGCUGGCCCUGCCCCAGACACCCCCAGGACACCCCCUGGACAAUCAGGUGUUAACUAAAUCUCACCGUGUUUUAUUUAACAUAAUCACUUCAAAA